GCACUGUUGGUGGGGUGGCUUCUUUUCUGAGCUGUCUGGAAGGUGUAGCACAAGUGUGGAGAUGGAGACUGAUUUGUAGGGUGAUUUAGCACUGCUGCAGGGAUUGUGGGACCUGCUGCUGUUGUGGCAGCCCUGAGAGCUGUGGGGAAUUCCCCAGCAGGUAACCAUGGUGUUACACAGUGUGUGAGGCUUUUCCUUUGGAUUACCCCUCACUGCUUGAUGUGGAGAGAGGCAUGGAGUGCCAAUUGUCUUGCAGUCCCUGCUUCUCCCUCUUUUCUACCCUGCAAACUUGCAGUGCCAUCUCUGCUUAAGGCCUGGAGGGUUCUGGCCCUGCCUGCUCUUGCCUCUAGUGAUGCCACCCCUCACUGAUGGACUGCAGAUGGGAAAAGCUCCUCUGCAAAGUCAAGCCCCGAAGAAAAGUCACUCUGACCUUUCAGAGCCCCUUCAGGUCUCAAAGAACAGGACAGAGGACUCUCCCCAGCCAGAACCCUCCUUAGGGUAGAGGACGAGGAUUUCUGGUCUGAAGCAGAGGGUGACACGAGCUGCUCUGUCCCUGAAUCCAUUAUGGACCAGAUUAAUGGACCUCUUCAGAUGGAGCAUGCAUUGCUGUUUGCCUUCCUGGAGGUAUCCUCUGACUGCACGUUCAAAGACCAGCUGCAUUCCCUGCAAAGCCAGCAGAUCAUGUUGUACCAAGGAGACGAUGACGAUGAGCUCCAGACUGACGGCAACCGGAGCGGCCACUUCCGGAAUGGGGAGCUAGGGUUGGCUCCAACAAAUGAAGAGGUUAUCCGGAUCAUUGCUGCUCAGCUCGCUGAGAUUGGAGACCAGUUUGAUAAAGAAAUCCAAGAAAGAGUGGUAAAUGGCCUAGUGCAGCACUUUAUGAAUGAGAAUCUGUCUGAGGAGGACAUAACCCGGCACAUGUCCAGGGUGGUGAGAGAGCUUAUCCGAGCCAUCCCCUCAGACAUGGAACAGGAGAAGGCCAUGUUGGUGCUAGCAAUGGUCUUGACUAAGAAAAUUGUCAAUACAGUGCCCUUCCUUCUGCGCCGUGUCUUUACCACCACUCGGAACUACAUGAACCAGCAGUUCCACAACUACAUUGUUGAAAUGCUGGGUGAGUGAGGCCUGUGUAGAGCACGGGAACUGCUGAAGACUUUCCUUGCUGGAUGAAGAUAACUUGAUUUACUCUUUACUUCUGAAGUACAGCUGUGAAAGAGAUGGCAGAGCUUCAUAGAUGAUAGGCUUUUGUAGACUAGCACAGCAGUAAUUGUAGUGUGAGCUGCCUGCCAGCUCUGCCAGUACCUGUAGGGAAUAGCCUCUCUUCCUUCACACUAUUUUUUAAUUUAGCAGAAGGAGCUUUUGUGCAGAGCCUGCCUUGUGCCUCCACAGGCCCAGCGGGCCUGGGGCCUCUCUGUGUUUUUUCUAAGCAGCUGUAGCAUUUUGCUUUAGUUAUUCACUUCCCAUCCCUGCUCCUGAAGCUGAGCCAUGCUGAAUGUUGUUUCCAGGAAGGCGUCAGGCUAUGGAAUGGGUGGUUCAUCAGCGGGGGUGGGUGGGAAUCAGGUUUAUCUUGAUGAGAAGCUGGCAGCAAGAAGCAACAGAGCCCCGAGGGACAGAGGGGAGUGUGCCCAGAGAAGGGUGACAUGAGGAUACUUCAGUGUCAAUCACCAUACACCUCUGUUUGCUUGAAAAAUAAAACUGACAGAAAAAAAUGGUAAAGGACAAGGUAGGCACAAGGAAAGUUUUUUGAGAAUGCAACCUGAAUAUGCUUAAGAAAAGGUAGCAGAUAUUGUAGUUACAUCUCAGGCUGAACAAACUUGGACUCAGGUUGUUUGAUACACAAUCAGACAAGGUGGCAAAUGUGUCACCUGCGAUCCAGCUGCCUCAGGACUUUUCCAAGAAUGUAAAUAUUUUGUAGGGUUUUUUAACUUAAAUAAAAAUUUCAUUCAGAUGGCUACUACA